AUGGCAAGUCGUAUAUUAACUUUAGUUUCAUGUACAUUAUAUAUUUUUCUUCUUGUUACCUUUACUAUUAUUGGUGUAGCUUCAUUAAUUGUCGGAGUUGUUGGUGUUGGUCGUUAUAUACCAACAAAAGCUGCUUAUAGGACACAUAAGAAUGUUACAUGUCUUAUUGUUGAUGUUGACUAUGAUUCAUGUCAACAUUCCUGUUAUUAUGUUAUGUGGUCUGUUGAAUAUCGUGUUGCAAAAUCUAAUAAAUAUACGUUUUCAACAAUAAUAAAAAAAUAUGGCACAUUAGGCGAAGCAUUAGCAAAAAUAGUUAAUUAUAAUGUACGAACUAAUCAUACAUGUUAUUAUAAUAAAAAAAAAAUUGUUCAUGUACAAUGGGAAAAGCCGUCCUCAUCAAAACCUUAUUUGAUUAUGAUGAUUGUUGGAUUUACUUUAACGGGCAUAUAUAUUAUUAUUAUUACAAUUGUUUCUGUUUAUCGGUUUCGAAGAACAGUAACAUGA